AGUUUAUUUCAACGGGGGAUUGCAGAAGAAAUUAGCUGGGGAUUGCAGAAUACGAAUGUCAACCGACUGAUGAUUAGUAUUCGCAUGCUGCUGCUCUGAGUAGAAGGCUAGAAUAAGCCCCCCUCCCUGCACCUGUCCCGCUGCGUUUUGUGGUCGCGCAGAGUUGAAUCUCGAGGCGAUUUCACUCACUUUCAUUGUUGACUACAGCGUGGUGGGUUCUGGUUGUAGCUCGUGAAAAUGACUUCGACAUACAGUGGUCUGGAUUUUCAUCCGGAUAGGAUGGUAGAAAGCCGGUUGAUGAUGAGCUCGGAAGAUACAACCAACGGCAACAAGAUGAACGGUUCCAUUGAGAACCUGGAAACACCUGACCAUGACUCCAUCAAGAUGUUCGUUGGCCAGAUACCUCGCUCCUGGACAGAAACCGAGCUCAAGGAGCUGUUUGAGCCCUACGGCGCCGUGCACCAGAUCAACAUCCUCCGAGACCGCACCGCCACACCCCCCCAGAGCAAAGGAUGCUGUUUUGUAACAUUUUAUACCAGAAAAGCUGCCCUGGAGGCCCAGAAUGCAUUGCACAACAUAAAGACCUUAACUGGGAUGCAUCAUCCCAUCCAGAUGAAACCCGCCGACAGCGAGAAAACAAACGCGGUGGAAGACAGAAAACUCUUUAUCGGAAUGGUGACGAAGAAAUACGGCGAGAAUGAGGUUCGGCUGAUGUUCUCUGCUUUCGGCCAGAUAGAGGAAUGCCGAAUUCUCCGUGGACCCGACGGUCUGAGCAGAGGCUGUGCGUUUAUCACAUUUUCUACCAGGGCUCAGGCUGCGAAUGCAAUCAAAUCCCUGCAUCAUUCUCAGACAAUGGAGGGCUGCACUUCUCCCAUGGUGUGUAAGUUUGCGGACACUCAGAGGGAUAAGGAGCAGCGGCGCUUGCAGCAGCAGAUGGCCCAACAGAUGCAGCAGCUUAACAGUGCCUCCACCUGGGGAAAUCUGGCAGGGUUGGGAGGCCUCACGCCACAGUACUUAGCCUUGCUCCAACAGGCGACGGCUACCAGUAACCAGAGUACUUUUGGUAACCAGAGUGCUUUUGGUAACCAGAGUGCUUUUGGUAACCAGAGUACUUUUGGUGGCAUGCAGAGACUAGGAGGUGUGAACCAGCUGCAGCUGCAGAACCUGGCCACAUUAGCAGCUGCCGCCUCUGCAGCCCAAAACUCAGGCGGCUCCACCAACGCCAUGUCAGCCAACGGCGCUUUAGGUAAUCUCUAUAACUCAGCAGGCCAGACGGCAGGUUCCAGCGCGGGUGCAGCCAUGAACACCCUGGCCUCUCUGGGCCUGACCCAGGGCCUUGGCGGGGGUCUGACGGGGGCCUCCAUGGGCCUCAACAACCUCAACGCCCUCACUGGGGGGGUCAGCGGUGAGUAUGCCCUCAUGUUAGGUAUGGCUGCUAUGAACGGGGGCCUGGGGGCCUCGAUGGCUAAUGGCUCUGGAGCGAGCUCCAUGGAUGCCCUGACCCAGGCUUACUCAGGGAUGCAGCAGUACACUGCUUCCGCCCUGCCUUCCCUCUACAGCCAGUCCCUACUGCAGGGUGCAGCCGGGGGGAGCCAGAAGGAGGCCAGGAGCCAGAGGGAGGGUCCUGAGGGGGCUAACCUGUUCAUCUAUCACCUGCCCCAGGAGUUUGGAGACCAGGAUGUCCUUCAGAUGUUCAUGCCUUUCGGAAACGUUGUCUCUGCCAAAGUCUUCAUUGACAAACAGACCAAUCUGAGCAAGUGCUUCGGGUUCGUCAGCUACGACAAUCCAGUGUCGGCGCAGGCCGCCAUCCAGGCCAUGAACGGCUUCCAGAUCGGCAUGAAGAGGCUCAAGGUGCAGCUGAAGCGCUCCAAGAAUGACAGCAAACCCUACUGAUCCGUACCCAGGGCAGGGGCCUUCCCCCUGGCUCUGUGUUAGCACUGCUAGG